AGCACCACAUUCCCAUGCGGCAACUCUCACCGGCACACAUCUCACGUAUAACCGCUAAACGAAAGUAUCGUACAUCAACAACUUCCUUCGACUGGCACCUCGUCAAAUAAUAACAAAAAUGCUUGAUCGACGGCGUCUUCACGUAUCACGGCUCUAACGACGCGAACCGACGUUCCAGCAUUGCGCUUUCGACCCAUAUUGUGUAGGAACCCUCACGUGGUUGACAACGCCCGUUGCGGCAACAGCAGCGUGGAAAACCACCCACAACACAUCAACCACCACUUUCGCAGGCACGAAUCAACACAGCAGCCACAGCUCCACCUUUUGCGCUCUCUUCUCUCUCUUCUUUUUUCCUUUUGCGUUGAGUAUGUUCUCCAAGUACCGACACGGUGGAAGUCGGGACGCUUAUUAUGUGUCACCGAUACGCGACGCCGCAUCCUCGACCCGCGCACCUGCGCAGCAGCUGCUGUCUUCUUCUCUGUCUCGGCAACAGCAGCAGCACGCAUCCUUGUACGAUCCGGCGGAGAACAACCGCACCCCGGCACUCAGUCCUAUUCCGCGUACCCCCGUGCGCUACUCUUCAGCAGACGUGACCGGACAUGCUGAUCUGCGCUACCCUGCGAGGCCGGUGGAGACCGCUCCGUCGAAUGCCGCUACACCAGCAGCUGGUGCAAUAGGAGCAGCAGCCCCUUCGUCAUCCAUUGCGAGAACGCCACUCCCUCAACACCCGAGUGUCCAAUACGCACCGUCGCCAGACGCUGCGGCGAGGUACGCGCCAUCCCCCUCCGCAGAGGAGCAGCUGCAACGGAUAGAGAAGGAAAGGUACCGGUUUAGCAGUGGCCGAAAUAGCGUACCAUUUGCAAGCAAUCCGGGCAGCCUGUCGGUGUCUCCGGCGUGUUGGUUGUGCGAGGGCCGUUGUCUUACCGGUCCGGGCUCCACCUGGCCGCAGGCCCCACCUCUCUUUUUCACCGCGACGAAUCACACCUUACCCGUCAGCACCUUGACGUUGUGUGCCACGUGCGCGGCGGCCGUGAGCAUGGACAUGCAGGCCACCUCCCGUGAAGUUCUGCAGCGGUGUCAACGCACGCCCGCUACGCGCUACCGCACCUCCGCCUACGUCAACGCGGUGCGGGAGUACAAGCUCUUGUUGGAGCUGAUGGCAGAGAAGGUGGUGCGUGCGUGCGAGCGAAUGCGGUGUAUUCACGGUGUGCUGCCCUCGACGUCGUCACCGCACGACGCGGGAGAUGCCUGCGUGGAUGCUGCGGUGGAGGUAGCGGACGCCCCGCUCGCGUCUUUCAGCCUGCCGCUUCGACAGAAGGUGUUGCGACAGCUGUUGGAGGCGCUGGAGGAGUUGCUCCAGCGCGAUGGCCGCGCUGCACAGCUUGCCGCCACUACAGCGAAUCGCCAAAAAACUGCCGCAGUGUCGCGUCAAGUACCGCUUCAGCAGCAGCAGCAGCACGACGAGCAAGAAGGGCUGCCUUACUCGGAAAUCAUGGCACCCCGCGAGCGGCAUGUGCUGUUAGAAGAACUGGCGCACCUGGAACGGCAGCUCAUGCCUGUCUCGUCAGCCAUCACGGCAGGGCAGGAGCAGCAGCAUCAGAUGAUGUCAGCCGAAGGCCGCACCCGGGCGUCGCCGUACAGAGUUUCUCCGGCGUCGCAUCGCGCAUUGGCGUUACCGUCACAGCGGGAACGAAGCGCAGGGAACGUGGAGAGCAAGAGAAGAGCAGCGGGAGAUCCGCGGAACUAUAACGCACACGUCGUGCCGUCACCCAGACCUUCGCCGGAGCACGGUCGCGGCACUUCCCAGCCGUUGGCGGCAGCAACGUCGGACCCGCUCUCCGUACUGGCGGACCCUCGGCGAGUCCAGCACCGCCGACGUGCUUCCACGACGGCGCAGGACGGCGGCGACAUGAGGGACGAGGAUGGGGACAGCCGGCAAAGGGGUCCGCAGAAUCGUUCACCGCCUGCGCUGACCUCCCCGCAGCGCCGUCGACGCGGCAGCGGCAGCGGCAGCGAGGCAGGUCCUCCCGUCACGGAUCGCCGCGGGCCGAAGUCGGCUUCGGGGACUGCGCCGUUUCCCUUCGCGCCUGCGCCGCACCGCGACCCCAGCCACAGUCGUAGCCCCGCUCCGGACGACGCUGAGGGUGAUGCUGUGGGUGUAAGGGAAACGUCACGCAACAGAAACAGGGAUGCGCGUUCAAACGGAAAGAAGGUGGGGGAAAUACCUUCACGCGGGCAGCGGGGGCAACCGCAGCAGCGCCAGCGUUUCCAUCCCGCGUUGUCUUCCCAGGGCCGCCGUACCAUGGAGGCGCUGGUGGGCUCCGCGAUGUGGGCGAUGUACCGGCAUUCCCCUCCCAGUCCGGAGGUGGAGAAUCGACGCAGCGGAGGAGAGGGGGAGGGCGACGAGGAGAGCGAGGUGGACGCCACACGCGCCGCUGCCGCCGACGCUGAUGCCGAUGCGCCAGACGCUGCCCUCAGCCGCAACGACCCGGAUAAUAUUUUGUUGAACUACUUCGCUGGCCGAUCGGACGUCACACCGACGUUCCGCUUGUCGCCUCCACGGACGCCCUCCUCGUUCCGGCGCAGUGCACUGCGACGACGCCCAGAUGCGAUGGUGGCAGCUGCCGCACCCGCCGAAGGGCGCUUAAUCGACCUGAACGACGGCCACGACAGUAGUGAUCACGGUGGCGAUCUCGUGGCUGUUGGGCUGCAGGCGCAACUCGACAAGGAGCGCCGUAGACGGCGUGCGGCGGAGGAGGCGUUGCUGGAGGCACACGUGCGAGUUGCCGCGCUGGAGCAGACGACGAACGACAUGGCGGAGGAGCUGCUGGCCCACCGCCUGUCGGUGACCUUCCGCAGCCAUCUGGAAGGGAUGGAACUGCUGGUGAGUCGGUGGACCCUCCUGGCGCAGAACUACUGCUUGCAGAAGAGUCUGCUCUUCGCGGAGGAAGCGGCGGCGCUCGUGCGGGCGGCGCAGCGAGACGCGUUCGGUGUCACGUCGUUUCUACGGAAGAAGAAUCCCCCGCCAGCAACACCACCCAAUGGCGGGAAUUCUACCGCGAACGGCAAAAAGUCCGCUGCAAAUGCAACGGGGGAAGAGACGGCAGGCGAGGAGGCAGAUGAUGAGUUGUGGGUGUCGCGCGAGGAGGAAGACGGACACGCUGGCGCUGGCGGCGGCGGCUAUGCCGCAUCCAGGAAAGUGCCCCCAAGGGACACCUCGGCUCCCAACUCCGUUCCGCGGAGGUCGGCGUCGCACACGGUGCUUCCGCGUGAGAACGCGACCGGCGCCGCUCCGUUCACCUUCCCGUCUGAUGUUCGUUUGAAACCACUGACACUUCAUCUUUAG